GCACGUAUAAAGAACAUCCUCAAAUUCUGGUAAAACAGAGGAAAUGGUUGUGAUCUGCAUUGUCUGUCUGAAGGAGAUACAACCUCUCUCCAUUACAGCUACUGCUAGGGACUGGCUUAGUAGUACUUUCUCAUUUGGUAAACUCUCUGUUUCUGCAACAAAGGCUCUGCCCUGACCAGAAGGUUUGGUGGUGGGACGCAUAUAUAGACUAAAGCUUAUCCGACAAGAGGCGACAGUCACUAUUCCCUUUUGCUUUUGUGAAACAGUAACGGCACUAAUAUUAUACUAAAAUACAAAAAAACAACAGCUUUCCAAAGUAUCAUCCAUCAUUCAUCACUCCCAAUGGCGACGAUCAGAGAGCUCUCCAGACUUAUCAGAGAUCAUGGUGAUGAAGAAGUAUGGAUCACGCACUAUUCAUCAAAGCAUCAGAUACUUCUCGUGGGCGAAGGAGAUUUCUCAUUCUCCUGUAGCUUAGCCACUCGCUUCCGCUCUGCUUCCAACAUCUGCGCCUCCUCUCUCGACUCAUACGAUGAAGUGGUUAGAAAGUACAAGAAGGCAAGAUCAAACCUUGAGACUUUGAAGAGACUUGGAGCUUCUCUUUUACAUGGAGUUGAUGCAACCAAACUCCAACUACAUCCUCAUCUUAACUCCAGAAUAUUUGACCGAAUCAUCUUCAACUUCCCCCACGCCGGUUUCCACGGCAAAGAGACUGACUCCUCUCUUAUUAAGAAGCAUAGAGAACUGGUGUUUGGAUUUCUCCAUGGUGCAAGCCAUAUGGUCUGGGCUGAUGGAGAAGUUCAUGUCUCUCACAAGAACAAACCACCUUUCUGUCACUGGAAGCUUGAAGAGCUCGCUAGCAAAUGCUCUCUUGCGUUGACACAGUGCGUGGCGUUCGAGAAGAGCGAGUACCCUGGCUAUGAGAAUAAGAGAGGAGAUGGGUCUAGAUGUGACAUGCCUUUCCUCUUGGGAGAGUGCAGUACCUUCAAGUUCAGAGUCUCUCGCGUGGCUAAAGAGAUUUAUGCUGAGAAGGUGAAAGGCAGAGAGAUGAAGGAACGUGAAUCAAAGUGGCAGAGACCAGCACUUACAUUUGGUCUCAGCUAUCACCAGGACCAUAACCUUAGGCAAGUAAAUGAUCCUUUGGUUCAAUCAAGACAAAGAACAUCUCCAUUGUUUCCUUACCAAGAACAUAGAUGUUCACAGUUUGAAGAUGCUAUUGCUAGCUCAAUUAGAGCAACUCAAAGUCCAGCAACGUUUAACCAUGUCCGGUUUCAAGAAAACUCAAAGCAGCUCAGAUACACUGAAAGAAGCUCUCGUGACUUCCCUUUUCAACCUAGUCUCCAUCCUCAAGAAGAACGAUCCUUCUUUGAAUGCUCAAGCCGCUUUGAGGGAGUUCCGCUUGAUAUUUAUGUCAGGAGAAAGCAGAGUACGUUAACACAGACGAGCUUUCCUCAUCUGUACACUAGAGAAUCACCAGAAAGACGCCGUCAAGAACCAUUCUUCCAACGCUACCAUUUAAAUGGAGUUUCUCAUGAAAUUUAUAACGGGGAAAGAGGAAGAUCAAUGUUAACAAGUCACAGCUUUCCUCAUCCAUACACUGGGGAAUCACAAGAAGGAAGCUUGAGUAGGCAAUGGAACCUCAACAUUUAGCCUCCACGGCACUGGUAAAUCAUUGUUCUUUGUGUAUAUCAUGAAGAUCAUCAAAGAACUUCUCAGGAUAACUUUGAUGGAAACAACCUAAGGUGGCUGAAGCUUAGAGUCACUAAAAAAGUCGUUUGUGAAAUAGUAGUUGGGCAACUUACUGACAGCUCAAACCACAAUGAUCUCUCAGUACGGAGAAUGAUCAUUUGGUAUAUGUAUCUAAUAAGUUGUGUUGUGAAAAUGGUGUUGAGAGUAACUUGUCUUAAAAGAGAAACUUGCAGUGCCUUGUCUUUUAACGGUAUACCUCCUGUUAUCUC